UAUUCCGCGAAUAUGACAGACAGCCGACAGCAAUAAUUGAUUGUGAGUGGUUAAUUCAUGUGUGCUGUGGGCGUUUAUUGGGUCAAAAUGAUAAGAUCUUCGCUUGAACUCGUCGGUUGAACUCAUUUUUAAAAUAUCUUUGAUCUCAUGUUCUGCAUUUAGGCUGGUUUAUAAAAUAGCCAAACAAUGAGCAAUCAUUACAACAAUGGUGGCAGGGCUGCCGAAACCGAGCAAAUGGCUCAACCGCAAUGCUUGAAAGUGUUCAUUCAACGGGAUUAUAGCGAAGGAACUAUUGUGAAAUUCCAGACCAGGUUUCCUCAAGAAUUAGAAGGCAGGUUGGAAAAACAAACUUUUGAGAGCACCAUCAAUAGGCUAAAUGCGCUAUUCGCAGAAGCAGAAAAAGCGACAUGUUCUACUUAUUGUGAAGGAUGUCUGGCAUGUUUAACGGCAUAUUUAAUUUACAUUUGCAAAGAAACUCAUUAUGAGAAGUGCUUGAAGAAAGUUUCCAAAUUCAUUGCCGAACAAAAUGAAAGAGUCUAUGAACCAAGGGGAUUGAAAUUGACUGAUCCUAGUUUGCGAGGAUUAAGGGUUCUAGAAAUAAGCUGUCUGGAUCGGCCACCCAAUGCAUGACUUACACUUUCCCACUCUACCCAAGAGUUUUUUAUGUGAAGAAUUAUGGUCCGUAUAUGUACAUGUACUGCCUCAAUCAUGAAGAUGUUUAUAUCCUAAGGUAGUAUUAAAGGGAUGUGGACUUAUUUAAUACACAAAAAUUAUACAAGUUCAUCUGAAAUAGCAUCAGGGCUGUGAAAUUAUUUAGUUGAUAUGGACAUUAUUAACGAGCUAAGUUUCUUUUAUUGAGUGCUUCCUUUUUUUGCAUGAAUUGAAUGUAUUUUGUUAUAAGUAAAGCUCAUCUACUACAAGACUUAACAUUGGUGACAAAGUUUCAUGAGUUUUGUAAUAUUGUCUAAUUAAACAAAUAAAUAAGUUUGGCACGGUUGUUUUUCGUUUAUAUAGAUAUACCUGAAAAUGUCACCAAGAAUAACUAAAAAUUUCAUCAAGGAAUAUGAGGUUUAACGCAUGUGUAUUAAUUUGGCAAACACAAUUUUAGGUUAUGUUAUUUAUAUCGCUUAUUGCCCAAAUGUUGUGUUCUAUUAGGUAAGUAUAAUAGAACCAAA